AAAUUGAUAAAUAGCUUGGAGAGUGAGUACCCGUUAACAGUAGAACGAGAAAACCAACAUUGCAGAGUGAUAAAGGUAGAGAGCAUGGCAGAGAAGAGAGGUAGCAUCGCCUUCUUUUCAACCUAUAAACCACCGGUGCCUCUGGACAUAUACUCCUCUCCAGUUCCACCGACAGAAAGGCAUGAUGAGCUGCACAUGACUGACGGAUUGUCCAACAAUUACAACAGCCGACUCAUUCCACCAGAAGCUCUCAAGACAAUUAUCAAGCGCCCAAAAUUGGCUUCCGAAGCCAAUGAAGCUGAUGUUGAUUCUGGUCGUCUCUCAGGCUUGGUUUUCGUCUCCGAAAGAGACAAGAACCUUGAGACGCUUCACGUUGCUCUUCGUUUCACUGAUAGAGUCAAAGUCUUCAGCUUUGCUGAUGUUUAUGGAACAUACAGUGAUAUUCGAAUGGAAGAUAGUGGUUGUAUUGGCGGGGGUUAUAAGGUCGGUAGGCGUACUAUCGAUCACACUCUCGUCUAUAUCACUACCAAAGACUCGCCAAAAGACCGUCGUCAACCGUGGACUGCUGUUUAUAAAACCAAUCUUAAGACUGGAAAAACUGAACGCCUCACCCCAUCAGGGGUAAGUGAUUUAAGCCCCUCUGUUUCUCCAUAUGGAAGAAAGAUAGCGGUCGCAUCAUUCCAGGGAAAGGGUUGGAACGGCGAGAUUGAAGAUCUACUGACUGAUAUUUAUGUGAUGAACGUGGAGAAGCCCCCUUUGGAGCGCAAGAGAAUUAUAAAAAAUGGUGGGUGGCCAACAUGGGGAAGUGACAACAUCAUAUUUUUCCAUCGAAAGGUUGGGGAUUUUUGGGGUGUGUUCCGAUUCGACAUUGCUAGCGGUGAAACAGUCCGUGUGACCCCGGAUGGAAUUGAUGCAAUAACUCCGGCGGCCAUCAGCGACACUAAAGUGGCAGUGGCAACCAUCCGUAAGAAAUCAAGCUUCAAUGACGUUCGUGUAGAAGAACAAUAUCGACAUAUUGAGAUUUUCGAUUCAAUUGCACCAGACCAACCGAUAAAAAUCACUCAGAUAACCAGACCAAAGGCUGACCAUUACAACCCCUUUGUCUUAGAUGGUGGGAAGCGCAUAGGUUACCAUCGUUGCAAAAGCGACCUUCUCAAGCAUGGAGACGAAAUCCCAAGAAAUUUCCACAAGCUACACUCUCCACACCCAGACGUAGGACUUUUCAGGGUGUCGGGUGUAUUUCCAACAUUUUCCAAGGAUGGCUCCAAGCUUGCAUUUGUUGACAAUGAGUUCAAAGCUGUGUGGGUAGCUGAUAGCCAAGGACUGCGAAUUGUCUAUGAGACAAAAGGUCCAGAUAACAUUUUCUCACCAGUUUGGAAUCAAAAUUCGCAAAAAGAUAUACUAUAUGUAUGCAUGGGACCUUCUUUUAAUGCUGAAAAAACAUUGGAAAUUUGUGCCAUCCCUAAUGUGUCUAGUGGUGUGCGACAACGUCGAAAGCUCACAAAAGGAUUCAAUAAUGCCUUCCCAUCUACCAGUCCAGAUGGAAAGAAAUUAGUUUUUCGAUCUACAAGAGAUGGAGGAGAUAAGAAAUACAAGAAUCUGUACGUAAUGGAAGAUACAGAAGUAGGAGAAUAUGGAGAUGGAAAAAUAACAAGACUAACAAAUGGGCCAUGGACUGACACACAUUGCCAAUGGUCCCCAACUGGAGAUUGGAUAGUGUUCUCAUCAACUCGGGAUAAGCCUAAAGAUGCACCAGAAACUGAUAAUGGUCUCGACCCAGGAUACUUUUCGGUAUUUCUAGUAAACGCAAAUGAUCCAUCAGUUGUGGUAAGAGUUAUAAAAAGUGGAGAUGAUCUUUCAGGACAUGUAAACCAUCCAUUUUUCAGUCCGGAUGGAAAAAGCAUCGUUGUGACUUCAGAUCUUGGUGCAGUGUCCAUUGAUCCCAUUUCUUUACCUUUAUUCUUGCAUCCCGUUAGGCCUUAUGGAGAUAUCUUCUCUGUUGAUAUAGACACAGAUGAUAUAAAUAAGAACAAGGAUGUAAAAAAGUUUAAUCGCAUUACACAUAGCAGAUAUGAGAAUUCUACGCCUAGUUGGACUAUGUUCGCAACUGAGGAUCCUAAUGCAACAUGGAACAUGUUUUUGAAGGAUGACUACACUCCAUCAUGCCCUUAUUUGUAUCCUGAUGGAGGUGAAAGUUGGCAUAUGACUGGCCACCUCUGCAUUCCAAAAAGAAGUUGUUGAUCGAUUUUGUGUCCAUUACACGGCUUGAUCUCAUCUAUUAUACUUUGGUUUCAUUUUCAAAUAAAUGUACACUAACGGCUAUAAUUGUCUGCUUGUUUCAAACUUGGUUUCUUGUUUCAAAAUAAAGCUUUGCUCAUGGAUAUUAUUAUUGUGUGUAUCCUACCAUACUCUAAUUAACUUAUUGGAAGUUCUUUAGAUUGACUAUACUCAUACCUCUACUUGAAAGUUUAACUCUUUUCUAUAUUUAUUAAUAUAUCAUAUUAAAUUUUUUAA